AUGGUCAUGCAUUCUAUUAACAUUUUCUACAAGACAUCUGGCAUGAAAGUGAAUCUUGAAAAGUCUAAAGCUUUUUGUUCUAAAAAUGUGACUGCUCGUAGAAGAGAUAUUUUUACUAGUGUUUCUUCAAUACGUUUUGCUUUGGACUUAGGAAGAUAUCUUGGAGUUAACCUUAAUCAUUCCCGUACCAAUAGGGCUUUUUUUUAUUCGGUGAUUGAAAAGUUCCUUUGGAAUGGUCAAGUUGAUGGUAGAGGUCUUUCUCUUAUUAAUUGGAGGACCGACAAGCCUUGGGUUGCACUAUUGAGGGCGAAGUAUCUGAGGAAUGAGGGAGUUUUAGAUGGCCCUGUCCCUUGCAACGCUUCUCAUGUUUGGAAGAGUAUCUUAAAGGCUUUUGGUGCUCUUAAGGAUGCCUUCUCUUGUUCGAGUUGGUCGUGGGGUGUGGCAUCUUCUAGACUCUUCUCAGUUAGGAGUGGGUACAGUUGGCUAUCUAAAAGAAAGUUUGACUGGAAUGAGCAUGAUAAUUGGUUGUGGGUAUGGCGACUGCAUAUUCCUGAGAAGUACAAGUUCUUGAUUUGGCUCAGUCUUCAUAAUGUUAUUCCUAUGGCAGAGUUUCGUUUGGGUCAUGACUUAGCUUUAUCUAGCACCUGUCAUCGAUGUCAGAAUGGUUCUGAAUCCCUUCUUCAUUGUCUUCAGGAGUGUCCUAGUGCCAAGGAGGUCUGGAACCUUUUAGACCUGUAUUCAGAUAACUCAGAUUUACGUGAUUGGCUCUAUAGAGGUGCAAGGAAUAGAGAUGUUUUUCUUUUUUUUUUCGACCAUCUGGUAGAUUUGGAGAAGCAGGAAUCAUGA